CCACCCGACUGUUCCCGCUUCAAGCCAAAGUAGACAUUUUUGCAGCUAUAGAUAUCGAUCUGUGAACCCGUAUCAUCCUCGCGCCAGUCAGCAUGGAGACCCUCAAAGCAGUCUUUUUCGGGCCGGAUCCUCAAACGCAGAUGAGGAAAUGUAAUCAGCUUAUCCGCGCCAAUACGCGACAGUUGGAUCGUGACAUCGCACAACUGAAGACUCUGGAAAGCAAGACACGACAGUACAUCAUGAAUUCAUCGAAGCGGGCCCAGCGCAAUCCCUCCCAGGCCAAGCAGGCCAACAUGGAGGCUAAGACAUUUGCGCGAGAGCUUGUUCGCAUUCGCAAGCAGUCCACCCGUUUACACACCAGUCGCGCCCAACUGCAGAGCGUUCAGAUGCAGGUCAACGAGGCCUUUUCAGUUCGGAAGAUUCAAGGCAGCUUGAAGAAGUCGACGGGCAUCAUGAAGGAUGUCAAUACAUUGGUCCGGAUGCCCGAGCUGAAUGCCACGAUGCGUCAGCUGUCAACGGAACUGGUGCGGGCCGGAAUCAUCGAGGAGAUGGUCGAUGAUGCCAUCCCGAACAACGAAUUGCUGGAGGAAGAAGAAGAUGAAGCAGAGGAGGAGGUCGACAAGGUCCUGCAGGAGAUCCUGCACGGCAAGCUGUCUCAGGUCGAAGGGGUUCAGCCCGAGAAGCCAUUGGAAGAGGCUCCAGAACCGGAGGACGAGUUCGCGGAUCAAGAAGCGACACUCGAGCAGAUGCGGGGACGCCUCGAAGCCUUGAAGAGCUGAGGAACAUUGAAGACGAUUGCUUGCAUCUGCGUCUUGGCUUAUGUGACAAGAACAGUGGAUUCCAUGAUGCCACUGAAUACGGGUUUCUUUCCUUUCAUAUUGUGAACGGCGUUUGGGUAGGAUGGCGGGCGUCUUUGGGAUGAUCGUAA